AGAAUCACGUCAGUUUAGUAUAUUCCAAAAGAUUCACAUUCCGGAUAAGAGGUAGUAAAUAUGGCAGGGAGUCAAAGUCCAAAUUAUUUUCUGGCAAUUCAAGUAUCCGACGAAAAGAUAAAAGAGAAUGUUCAAGAAGUACAAAGCUUCAUGAAGAAAAAGAAUAUGAACUUGUCCUACACGAUGAACAAUUUAGAUACUCUUCACAUAACACUUGGGUUAUAUCGACCGGAGAAUGACGAGAUCUCAGAAGCAAAAAAAGCUUUGGAAGAAUUUCAGGGCAGCUUGAAUACUUUUUCGCCACUUACUUUCACCGUUUCAACAAUAGAAAGCUUCCAGGACCAAGAGGAUCCAGAUGACCACGACGUUGUUUAUGCUGCAGUGACAGACAAUCAAAUAUUGAAAGACCUCGUAGGAGCUUUAAGAAAAUCUUUCCAGAAGCGAGAUUUAUUCGUCACAGACAAAGGAUUUGUAUCUCACGUAACUAUCUGCAGGAUCACGGCCAGAAGUAGGGAAAGAGGGAUAACUCGAAUUGAUCCAUCAUACUAUCGAGAGAAGGCGUCGACUGAUUUUGGAAAACAACAUGCCAAAAGUAUCCAGCUUUGUUCAAUGGGAAAACAAAAGUCUGGAUACUAUCAUGUAGAAAAGGAAAUAUAUUUCUAGAUGGUUGGACACACAGACGCUUAUCCAUUUCUAAUGUGAAUUUUGUAUUUACUAUCAUCUGGUAGAUCAAAAAUUUACAUGAAAGAUUUACAAAUUGUGUGAUUUAUAACGUAACUUCUAGUAAGCAGAACAAUAGAUAUGUCAUAUAGUUUCUCAUCAUUCUGCAAAAAAUAACAUGUAUACUUAUAAUUUGACUCUAUUUUAUUUGUGAAGGAUCUUAUUAAUUUUUCUUUUUACAACGAAAAAAAUAAGGAAGGGUUUUAUAAUUCCCUUGAGUCUUUAAAACAUCUGUUUUAAAGUGAAAGUUUUGUUAAAGGAGUAUGAGAUACCCUUACAACAGAAAACAGCUUUAUAUCUGCAUAAUGUAAAACCUGGAUUGUCUUAUGACAAAAUUAAGUUAAUGAUGUGCAUUUAGCUUUUAGAUGUGCUUUUAUUAUUGUGUGAUGUGCUUUCUUCAUAAUGUGAUGUGCUUUUAUCAUCAUAUAUUUCCAUUUCUUAUUUUUGUCUCUGUGAUAACUCUUUGAAACUUAGCGGAGUUAAUUUCUAUAAACCUGCCGGAAUGUAAAUUAAGCAGGUCGAAAGGUCAGGAGCUAGGGAGGCCUAAUAUGAUGCAAAUCUCGUGCGCAUCUGUCUCUGUGUCUGACGCUAAGGAUGCCAGAUAUGCAUGAAAAUCUCGUGCGGCUGCCUUUGUGUUUGACGUCAGUGGGAGAGGGCUAUGGAAAUUGGCAAGGGAGUCCUCGUGUUAUUUAAAUCUAUGUCUACAUUUUAAAAAUAUAAAUCAACAAAUUUAUUUCCAGUUGAAACGGAAAUAUAAGGAAUCACUGUCUCGUUCGUAUAGUACGCCUGGGCAUCAACGAUAGUGGGAAACAUGGGAUAAUUUGCAUAACGGGCGAAGCUAGACAGUGAUUCCUUAACUGUAAUUGUUUUAUCUUUAUGUUAUGCACUUUUUUAAUUAUGAAUUAUGAUUUGUGAUUUGGUUAUUAUAUGGUGGUUGAUUUUCAAAAUGUA